AUGCAGGACUCUCACAGCAGCAACUCUCCUACAGUCGAUUCGAACACCCCCAAGGAAUACAAGAAGGCACCGUGGGCUUGCCUACUGUGCCGCGUCCGCAAGCUCCGGUGCGAUGUCUGGGAGACGGGCCUCCCCUGUACGCGAUGCCGCAAGAACGGCGAGUCAUGCCUCGAGCAUCCCUCUAAUCAAAGGAUAAGGAUUGCGAAUAGACGACGGAGGGCUGCUCCAAGCAACAACGAGCCGUUCAACAGCGAUCAGCCGAUGCCGUCGCCUAGCAAUGCAUUGCCUUUGCUUGGAACAGAGGCCAGACCGACUUUGCCCACCAUGAGUACCCCGGCUUACCCUUGCUCCAAUGCGGUUUCGCCCGCCUCAUGCUCUCCAACCUCGCCAUCGUCAUACAUCUUCUACCCCAACUACUCGUUUCUUACCAUUGGCAACCUCCAGAGUGUGUUCUCCGGAGACGUCGACUAUCUCGAGCUCCAAGGCUGCUUUUUAGUCCCAAAGCGUGAGAUACUGGAUGAUCUUGUGCAGCAAUAUUUCUUGCAUGUCCAUCCGUUCCUUCCGCUGCUUCACGAGGGACACUUUUGGCAAAUGUACCAUCAGCCAAGAGCCGCGAAUCCACCGGCCCUCAGAAUGUCUUUGCUCGUCUUCCAAGCCUUGAUGUUUUCCUCUUGCAAUUUCGCGUCGCCGGAGACUAUCCAAGCCCUCGGCUUCUCAACCGCCCGUCAGGCCAAAGCAGGUUUUUACAGACGUGCCAAGCUUCUUUACGAUUUCGACACAGAGUCAUCUCCAAUUUAUAUAGCCCAAGCCGCCAUUCUCUUGUCGUUUCGUGCAUGUUUCGCAACCCUAGGCGUCAAAAAGACCACCUGGCUAAGCGUCGCCAUACGGCAUGCCGAACUCGCUGAUGCAAACCAAUAUGCCAACUUCGAAUCCACCUCGGUAACACCGGACAAAGAUGAGUCCGAUCUCCAGAACACACUAAAACGGCUAUGGUGGUGCUGCAUAAUCCGUGAUAGGGUCCUGUCCCUGUGUAUCAGACGAGGCGUCCAGAUCGACCGCGCACGCUUCAAUUUCGCCGCCAACACUCCACUGCGCCACGCUGACUUGGAAGACGAAGUGCAUAGCAGUAACGUAUACGGUAUCAAAACCAAGAGACACCUGCUCCGAGUUUUCGAAAAAUUUAUUGAGCUCUGUACUGUCCUUACCGAUGUCCUCGCCAUGGUCUAUCCUCUCGAUGAGCAAUGCUCUGGGGGGUACCUAUUCACCGCAGACACGUCUAAGAUUUGGCAAGCGAAAAGAUUUUUGAGAGAAUGGGCAAAGGACACGGCACUGCACCUUCAGGAUCUCAUCACGCCAGACAACGAGACAUCAGAUCAUGUUGAUGUCCAGCACACUCUCCACGAAUCGGUGACUCUAUACAUCAAUUUGAUGUACAUGUUCUAUCACUCCUCCUGGCUUGCUCUGUGCCAUUACGAGGCUCUAGGCCUCACCAGCAGCUCCGGCCAAGCGUUCAAUAGCAUGUCCGAUUUAUCCUCAGCAUCCCAGCAGAACCGGGAGGAACUUCAAAACGCCGUGUCAGCAGUAACAAAAUGUCUCGUAACGCUGAACCGAUUGCAACUUGACCGUUUUCUCCCGAGUAGCGCUGUCACAUGUACUGCCACACCAUUGCUAUUGCAUGUGCUGGAUGUCAAAAUGCUCGGCUGUACUGCUCAUUCUCCCAGUUUGGCCUCGCGGGCACUGGAAAAACAUCGACAGCUCAAAGAUUUAGUCGAUGUCAUGAAGACAUACCACCCACAAUACGACCUUGCAGAUCCCGUCAUCAAUGCCGUCGAACACGCCAUCAAUUCAAUACAAUUUCAAACCCCUCCACCAGUCACGGGCACGGAAACGGAACAAUGGUUCGAGUGGGCGGAUUUACUCAGACUGAAUCCAAGUGUCUACCUGCGUUUGACACUUGCUAUCGACCUCAGUUUGAGUAAAAAUCGCAACCCUGAAGACAGAGAUUUUCCACCAAGUCUUCGCGGGCCAAUUGGACGUGAACCCAGUCCUAUUAUAGCAUCUCUUACUCACGACAAGGGGGUUUCGCCUGUCACGACUCCCCAGGGCGGGAAUUCAAGUAUGCCGCCGAAUGCAAAUGUGUCUAUCAUGGAAGGAUGGCUCACGUGGGGCCAGACGCUGAGUUUGACGGCGCCUAACUUACAGGACACGGAGGAGCUUAUGGAAAUUGAAAUCGCAAGUGGAGGGGAUAUCAACAGUCCAAGUGAUUUGUUUGAAGGAGCGGCGUAUUCAACGGGCCACGAAACCGGUAUGACAAAUUUCGAGGAACCAUCAGUGAAUCAAGCUUCGGAGCUCGAUCAGUUCGUGGGAGAGGUCGUCGGAACGCUGUCAGAUCUUGAUCCAUCCACCUUUAUGCAUGAUAUGAUCAGGGCUGCUCUCUAG